AUGCCUGUGUUUCUGAACUGGAGCCCACAGCAGAAGGUUCCUGAUGUCAUCAGCAGCAUAAGACAAGUCUCCAAAGCAGCCCUGAAAGAAGAUGCCAAACCAAGUAAGGAUAGUGAAGAUGCCUUCUAUGACUCUCAAAAAUUUGAGGUCUUGUACUGUGGAAAGGUGACAGUGGCUCACAAGAAAGCUCCCUCCACACUGAUUGAUGAUUGCAUUGAGAAAUUCAGCCUUCAUGAGCGCCAGCGCCUGAAACUGUUAAAUGAGCAGCGGAAUAACGAGUCAAGUUUGGACUUACCCCUGUGUGAAGGAAAUGUGCCAGCUUCUCCAUCGGAUAGCCCAUUUGAGGAGCUGGACAGCCCAAAUAACACUGCAGGGCGUGCUGCGAUGUUUACAAUUGGCAGCCAGACCAACUUGACCAACCUGGUGAGCACUCGUGGCUCCUUUCCAGAGCGUAUUUUAGAGGACUCUGGCUUUGAUGAGCAGCAAGAGUUUCGCUCCCGGUGCAGCAGUGUCACUGCAGUUAUGCAAAGAAGGGUUCAUGACACAAACCUGAAAAUACAGCCACGCAGAAGACAUGCAAGUGCACCCAGUCAUGUUCAGCCCUCCGAUUCUGAGAAGAACAGGACAAUGUUGUUCCAGGUUGGAAGGUUUGAAGUUAACCUCAUCAGUCCGGACACCAAAUCUGUUGUGCUUGAGAAGAAUUUUAAAGAUAUCUCCUCAUGUUCUCAGGGUAUAAAACACGUUGAUCACUUUGGUUUCAUUUGCCGGGAAUCUGUUGAACCUGGGUUAAGCCAGUAUGUCUGCUAUGUGUUCCAGUGUGCAAGUGAGUCUCUGGUUGAUGAGGUAAUGCUAACCCUGAAACAAGCCUUUAGCACUGCCGCAGCUCUGCAAAAUGCCAAGACGCAGAUUAAACUAUGUGAGGCCUGCCCUAUGCAUUCAUUGCAUAAACUUUGUGAAAGAAUUGAAGGACUCUAUCCACCAAGAGCCAAACUGGUAAUUCAGAGACAUUUGUCGUCACUAACUGAUAAUGAGCAAGCAGACAUUUUUGAACGUGUUCAGAAAAUGAAGCCUGAUAAUGACCAGGAAGAAAAUGAACUUGUGAUCUUACAUCUACGCCAACUCUGUGAAACUAAGCAGAAAACGCACAUUCACAUUGGUGAAGCACCAUCGACCAUUUCUAACAGUGCGAUUCCAGAAAGCACCACCAGUGGUGGCAGGUUUAAACUUGACAUUCUGAAAAACAAGGCCAAGAAAUCCUUGACUAGCUCUCUGGAAAAUAUCUUCUCAAGGGGCGCCAACAGAAUGCGAGGCCGUCUGGGAAGCGUGGACAGUUUUGAGCGCUGCAACAGCCUUGCUUCUGACAAAGACGCUUCGCCAGGCGAUUCCCCACCAGCUACUCCUCCGGCGUCCCCCGUGUCCGCGACCUGGCAGCCGUUUCCCGAGGAAGACUCGGACUCCCCCCAGUUCAGGAGGCGUGCGCACACCUUCAGCCACCCCCCGUCCAGUGCCAGGCGGAGGAUAACGUUCCAGAACGGGAGGUCCCAGAGCGUCAGGUCCCCGCUGCUGCGGCAGAGCUGUGUGGAGACGACGAGCCCUAUUGUCGGGGUUCAGCGCGCUCUCAGUGAGAGUGAAUCUGCAUCACCUGGUCUCCCCUCCUCUGUCUCUGCCCCUUCUUUCCUGAAAAGUUUUUACCAGGGCUCAGGAAGGUUGCUCCAGCACUCAGAAAGUGACCUCUCCAAGAGUGAUUGGGAGGGAAAGAAAAGAACAUCGACGGUCUGCAGCAGUGAAUCUCUAAAUGCUGUGGGGGCCACGCUCACACCUCGCCGCAUCUCCUGGCGGCGGAGAAUAUUCCUGCAGGUAGCUUCACCUAUGAAUAAAUCUCCUUCCAAGAUGCAGAAUCCAGAUGGUCAUGAUGGAAGUGAAUUGUUACCAUUAUCCCCUCUUGCUCCACCCCUGGAGGAGGACCCUCUUGUUCUAGUAUUGCAAAAUGAGGAUGGUCCAGAUAAAACUGGAGAGAGGAAGAACUCAGAAGAACUACAAAGUCUGUGGAGAAAAGCCAUCCAUCAACAAAUUCUGUUACUUCGAAUGGAAAAAGAAAAUCAGAAGCUGGAAGAAGCAAGCAGAGAUGAGCUCCAAUCAAGAAAAGUAAAACUGGACUAUGAUGAAGUUGGUACAUGUCAGAAAGAUGUCAUAAAUGUUUGGGAUAAGAAGUUACUAAACUGCAGAGCCAAAAUCCGAUGUGACAUGGAAGAUAUCCAUUCCACUUUGAAAGAAGGUGUACCAAAAAGUCGUCGGGGAGAAAUUUGGCAAUUUUUGGCUGUGCAACAUCGAGUCAGACACAGACUGCCAAACAAGCAGCAGCCUCCCGACAUCUCUUACAAAGAACUUCUGAAACAACUGACGGCUCAACAGCACGCCAUCCUUGUAGAUCUAGGACGGACAUUCCCAUACUUUUCUGCCCACCUGGGAGCAGGACAACUAUCACUCUUUAAUCUCCUGAAAGCAUACUCUUUGCUGGACAAAGAAGUGGGUUAUUGUCAAGGUAUAAGCUUUGUAGCUGGAGUGCUGCUUCUACAUAUGAGUGAAGAACAGGCCUUUGAAAUGCUGAAAUUCCUCAUGUAUGACCUUGGCUUCCGUAAACAGUACAGGCCAGACAUGAUGUCGCUACAGAUUCAGAUGUAUCAGCUCUCAAGGCUUCUUCAUGAUUAUCACAGAGACCUAUAUAAUCAUCUUGAAGAAAAUGAAAUCAGUCCCAGCCUUUAUGCUGCACCGUGGUUUCUUACACUGUUCGCAUCUCAGUUUCCAUUAGGAUUUGUAGCCAGAGUAUUUGACAUUAUUUUCCUUCAAGGAACAGAAGUCAUAUUUAAAGUAGCAUUGAGCCUACUUAGCAGUCAAGAAACAUCUAUAAUGGGAUGUGAGAGUUUUGAGAACACUGUUGAUUUUCUGAAAACCAUUGUUCCAGAUAUGACUCAGCCUCAAAUGGAAAAAAUUAUUACUCAGGUGUUUGAGAUGGAUAUUUCAAAACAGCUCCACGCCUACGAAGUAGAGUACCACGUUCUUCAGGAUGAACUGCAGGAAAAUGUGAAUCCGUGUGACGAAGGUGAACCCCUGGAGAAGCUGGAGAGGGCAAACAGUCAUCUGAAGAGACAAAACAUGGAUUUGUUGGAGAAGCUACAGGUUGCUCAUGCUAAAAUUCAGAGCCUGGAAUCCAACCUGGAGACUAUUUUGACUCGAGAGAACAAAAUGAAGACUGUAAUUCAGUCCCUGGAACAGGAGAAGAUAACAUAUCAAAAGACUCUUGAGCAGAUAAUGAAGUAUUUGCCAGCAGAAGCGUUGUCUGACUGUGAACUGCUCCUGAAGGAAGUAAACUACAAUCCAAAUAAUAAAAUAAAAUAAGGAGUAAGCCAUAAAACAGGGUUUUAUAGGCAGCAUUUCUUCAAAAAAAGAAAAAAAGGGAAAGAGAAGAUGAGCAUGCUGCUUUCAAAGGACUUAGCAAUAGACAACGGUAU